GGCCCUUUUUCUACACCCACCCUCGAAAACGAGCAAGAGACCUGCACGCAUAACGCAGCUCUCAACUCCUCUUACAUCAGUCUUACAACAAACACACAGAAUGGGCUUCGGUGACCGAGGUGGUGGUCGUGGAGGUUUCGGCGGUGGCCGUGGCGGAGCUCGCGGUGGAGCUCCUCGUGGUGGUGGUCGUGGAGGUUUCGGUGCCCGUGGUGGUGCCGUUUCCAAAUUCGGAGGAGGUGACCGCGGUGGCCGCGGAGGAGGUCGUGGAGGGGGUUUCGGAGGCCGAGGCGGAGGCCGUGGUGCCCCCGGUGGUCGUGGCCGUGGCGCACCUCGCGGUGGAGGCCGUGGUGGAGCUCGCGGUGGAGCCAGGGGAGGAGCCAAGGUCGUCGUCGAACCCCAUCGUCACGAAGGAAUCUUCAUUGCACGAGGCAAGGAGGACAUGUUGGUCACCAAGAACCUUGUACCUGGUGAAGCUGUUUACGGAGAGAAGCGUAUCAGCGUCGACGGCGCUGAUGGGACGAAAAUCGAAUACCGUGUGUGGAACCCUUUCCGAUCGAAGUUGGCCGCCGGUGUUCUUGGAGGAGUAGACAACAUUCACAUUGGCCCCGGAAAGAAGGUCCUUUACCUCGGAGCUGCCAGCGGAACAUCAGUAUCCCACGUUGCCGAUAUCGUCGGUCCCACCGGUCUCGUAUACGCCGUCGAAUUCUCGCACAGGCCAGGACGUGAUCUUAUCAACAUGGCCAAGAAGCGCACCAACGUUAUUCCUAUUGUUGAGGAUGCCCGUCACCCACACAAGUACCGCAUGCUGGUCGGUAUGGUCGAUGUCAUCUUUGCCGACGUCGCUCAACCAGAUCAGGCCCGUAUUGUCACCAUGAACGCACACAUGUUCUUAAAGAACGGUGGACACGUUGUCAUUUCCGUCAAGGCAAACUGCAUUGACUCAACGGUUGCUGCCGACAUCGUUUUCGCAAAGGAGGUUAAGAAGCUCGAGGAGGAGAGGGUUAAGGCACAAGAACAGCUUACACUUGAGCCAUAUGAACGUGAUCAUGCACUGGUUAUCGGUGUGUACCGCCGGCAGAAGAAGGCCAAGGCAUCAGAAUAGAAGGACAUAGCUAGCUGUUACCUCACAAAUGCAUCCGUAAGUAGGAUGUCGCGGUGAUGCCACUAGGGCGUCCGCAAGUGCGACACACUCUCCUCUAGAUCGCACCCUCAUCUGCACUCGUUAUCUUUUUUGCAUCCCUUUAUGUAUUUGUACGUAUCUUAUUUUUUCGAUAGUUCUCUCAAAAUGUGUUGAUCCUCUCGUUUGAAGAAUAAAUUCCGAGUCCAUUCCCACG